AUGACAAAAAAAGAAUACGAAUUUAUUAAAGAUCAAUCUUCUAAUAAAUAUUCUCCUAUUGCAGAAAGUUAUGCUAAGCUUAUUAGAAACAUAAGGGAAUUAAAAUCUACAAGAGAUUCUAUUAUUAAUAGACAUUUUUAUGAACUGUAUCAUUAUAAUAUUGACGAAUUGGAAGAUAGAGAUGUAAGAAUUAAAAGAUUGAUAGGCAAGUCUACUUCGUAUCCUAACUCUUUUUUAGCUAGCAGUCUGGGAUUUAACAGAACUACAUGGGUGAAAAAAUAUGAGGAAAUUUUAGGAAAAUUUGAUCUUGGAAAGAAGCCUAAGUAUCUUACAAUGAGAAAUAUGAUGUUAUUUGAGAAGCUUAAACUUCUUGUGAUCAAAUAUUUUAACUCUAAAAAAAAAGAUAAAAAAUUAAUGUUUUGA